GCGGGAGAGCGACGCGCAUCGAGUCAGUUGCGCUCCGACCUUCGCCGUGGAAAGUCACGUUGGUGCUCCCUCGGUCUGUGUGCGCGUCGUUCUCGAUCGCCGUGCCGCGGAUUAUCGCGCGAGUGUUGUGUACGAAGUGAGACGUACACGCCGAUUGAUAACGCGAGUGUGGUACUCGGUUUAAUCGGUUGGUGCAAAAGUACGCCAUUACAAAAAUUCCACACCGGUGAGACGCGCGUCGUCAGACGAGAGAAAGAGAGAUCAUCGGUGGUCUGCUGUUUACAUCCUCUUAGUUGUCGCAAGAUCGUUCCAAGGACUGCUCGAUCGGAUAGCCGAGUGAAGAUAAGAUAACUUCGAGGACUCUGAAAUAGACAUGUGUGAGAAUCGACCGUACGUUACUCGCCAAUGACGCAGGCAACGGCGACGAGGUGACAACGAGAACGGUGACACACGCAGUCAACAAUUGACCGAAAAUGGCCAAGAGCGCUGAGAGAUUACCCGGUACAUCCACUAGACUUAGGACCAGGGACGACGGUUGCUGCUCCGUGAAUUUCUUGAAAUACGUUCUUCACAUUUAUAACGUGGUACUGUUUCUGUCCGGACUAGUGGUGGGCGGCAUCGGUAUCUGGACAGUGGUGGCGAAGCACAGCUACGUGUCCCUUAUGUCCACGUCGACGUAUCCCACUUUGGCCUACGCCUUGAUCGUCGCAGGUGUACUAGCUGUCAUCGGUAGCUGGCUCGGAUGCGGCGGUGUAACUUCUGAAAAUCGAUGUGUCCUGCUGGUGUACGUGUUCGUGGUGAUGGCGGUGCUCGUUCUGGAGGCCGGGGUCGGUGCUCUAGCGCGUCUCUACGAGGAACAAGUGGGCCCCGAAUUGAAGAUGAAUUUGAAUCGCACGUUUCUCGAGAACUAUUCCGUGCGAUCACGGGAAACCGCGGCCAUCGACCAGAUGCAGAAAGAAUUCAAAUGCUGCGGUGCCUUGAGAUUUGAGGACUGGAUCGUGAGCGAGUGGCAUAAGGACGAGGAGGUCAUUAGGAACGGUAGCGUCGUACCUGACAGCUGCUGCAAGACGCCGACGUUUCUUUGUGGGAAAAGGGAUCAUCCCUCCAAUAUUCAAUACACGGGCUGCAUUUACAAGUUCUUGGAGACGACGAAGGACCACCUGAUAAUCCUGGGCGCCGUCGGGCUCGGCUUGUCGGUCCUCGAGCUCUUCGGCAUCGUUCUUGGCUCCUGCCUCUACAUAAAGCUCAGACACGACUUCGAUGACUGAGAAUUGCUUCAUUGCCCCGAGGGCAAUAAUAACGGCCAGUCGUGGUGCAGAUACAUGCAGAACAACUCGGAGUCCGUUUGAUCGUCGGAGUAGGGGCGGGAGGACGCGAUUACAGCCGCGGGAACGUUCGGAUGAAAGGGAACCGUCUUCGACCACGGACCCUCAUUUACGACUCCCUCCCCCCCUAUGCCUUCAGUAAGGUAUCAACAAGUGGAACUCGAAUAACAAGAAGUGAUGAUGCCGUUUUCGUCAUCUAGCUUCUCGCGAUUUUGCGAAAUAAACAAUGAAAAAGGAAAUAAAAGUUCAAAGAUAAAAAACACAUAUAAAGAGAUUGAUCCAACGUCUUGGAUCACAAUCUAAGAGCUAAAGAUACUUUUCUCAUCGUUGAAUACGAUUGUGCACCGAAGUAUAGUUUAAAAUUCGCGCAUCGACGAUCUAAAUUAGUCUCUUGAAAGAUAAUGCCAUUGAGAAAUACAAGGAAACAAAGAAUCUGAUAUGUGUAUCACGCAGACGACUUGUAAAGUCAAUCGAUUAUAUUCUUGUUUUCCAUGUAUUUUGUAAUGGUAUCUACUUUAUUGUACGAUUUCUGAAUUUCUAUCAGCCCGAAGAGCAAUAUCGAUAAAUUUAAAGUUGGCUUUAGUGAUUUCUGAAGCAGUGUUUUUACGCAAGAAAUUACAAAGACGUAAACAAUUUUGAUAAACGAGCACGUGCAGACAGACGGCAUGUGCACGCUGGACCAGUAAAAUUAUCUCGACUAUUGUUCGCAAUCGAUACUGAGCCAAUCGAGACUGUGCAACUCACUAGCCCAAUUGUAAUUCUUGCUAUCAAUGAUAUUUGAGUAUAUUUUCCGUGGUAUUUUCUCCCGGAUGAAGACACUCGAACUUGGAUCCUUUUUUAUAACGCAACCGUCAGUCGUGACGUUAAAUGUACAAUCUUUAAAAAAGAAAUCUUCGAGCAUAAUAUGAUAUUUUUCAAGUUGGGUGAACGUUCGUGAAAGCGUCGACUUCGUAUACUGCCACAUAUUGCAAAUUUGCACAAUAUUUAAUUGCGAUCUAUUAAAAACCGAUUAGAACGCAAUAGAAGCCAUGACAAGGAAAUUCUUUUGUAUAAAGAAAACAAUCAUGACUGUCUGACUUUUUCCGCGCAACAAUAAGAUCUGAUUCAGUCGAGUAAUGUCAAUUUUCCUGCGAUCGAAUCGCGCGUCAUCGAGUUCAGUUACAGUCUUCUUUUUGUCUCUCGCGCGUCGAUGAAUAAAUAAUCGGGUGAUCAUCCGUCGUAAACUCGAUGAUGGAUCGCGAUUCGUAUUUCCGACAGCGAAGACAAGUCUAAAAUCGACUAAUACAUCGGAUAGAACUGUAAACAGUGCCUUGAUGAUAUUAUUAAGCUCAGAGAUAUUUUAGAAUACGCAUAUAAAAAAAUAAAAAAAGAGAGUCGUGGCGAUGUAAAUUAAAGAGAAAAAAGGAAAAACAAAGAAAGGGAAGAGAGACUUUAGAGUCAUGUAAUAAAUUUCACACAAACGGCAUGUAUAUAUUUAUCUGUUGCUUCGCAAAUAAGUACAAGCCUUUGCACAUUAUUUAUAAUAAAUGCUUUCUUUCUCGUAUACACAACGGAAAUGCGCCGCUCGAAUCCGCAAUCGCAGGCUAUUUUACAGGAAAUUUCUGAAAAUCUAUAACGACUAUCACCUCGCGCACGACUCUCCCUAUCGUGUCCCGUUACAAAUUUUGAUAUACAAAUUAUUUGGCAGCCAAUCAUCGAAUUGCGGAUUAUACAUCCUCGCAAUUGCGGAUUCCGCCGAGGUGCUCGAGAAAGUCCAAACAUAUUUUACUACUGUACCAUUACGUCAUAUGUUAUUUUAAUCUUAAAAAAAAUAUAUAUAUAUAUAUAUAUAUAUGUUAUUGUCCUCUUUGCUAUUAUGUAUACAUGUAUUAUCAAUUAGCAUCUAGAAGAACUUUAUACAUAUUGUACAUAUCAAACGCUAUUCUGUUACGAAUAAAUGUUUAAAUCGUA